AUGGAUGGGUUUGACCAGACAGUGAAUGUUAAGGUUAUUAUGGCUACUAACCGAGCAGACACCUUGGAUCCUGUACUUCUACGUCCUGGAAGGCUUGAUCCAAAGAUUGAGUUUCCUUUGUCCGAUAGGAGGCAGAAAAGACUUGUUUUCCAGGUUUGCACUGCUAAAAUGAACUUGAGUGAUGAGGUAGACUUGGAAGAUUAUGUCUCUCGGCCAGACAAAAUCAGUGCUGCUGAGAUUUCUGCUAUAUGUCAAGAAGCAGGAAUGCAUGCAGUCCGGAAGAACCGGUAUGACAUACUCCCAAAGGACUUUGAGAAGGGUUACCAAACCAACGUGAAGAAGCCCGACACUGACUUUGAAUUCUACAAAUGAUCGGUGCUGGAAGCUCAUAUAGUAGUUCUGUUGCUCUGGUUGAUUAAAAAUGUUCUGUUAUGUUUAAUUUGGUCACAAUCACCACACAAGCCGCAUCGGGAGGUAUUGGUUCCUUUGAACAAUUGCAGCUCAAUGUAGGGAUGCCUUUUACGACAUUCCGAAUUAUUGCGGUGAUGAUGUAUGAUAUCGAGCCAUGGAAUUGUUUUAUUUUCUUUGUCUUUCGGAUAAUGUGGGUGAUUUUUAGUUGGAGAACUGUUUAGGGAAAACUGUAACAAAGUAUACUGAAAUUUACGUUCCAUUCUUACUGUUUGUAGAGAUGGCACAGUUUGCAGCAA